UUCUCCUACUAUGGCAUGCGAGCGGUCCUGGUGCUGUACUUCAAGUACUUCCUACGAUGGGACGAUGACAUGGCCACCUCCAUCUACCACGUGUUUGUGGCUCUCUGCUACCUGACCCCAAUCCUCGGGGCCAUCGUGGCUGACUCGUGGCUGGGAAAGUUUAAGACUAUCAUCUACUUGUCCAUUGUUUAUGCCAUCGGCCAAGUUGCGAUGGCUAUAAGCGCAAUCCAUGACAUCACUGACGCAGACAGAGAUGGGACACCAGAUGACAUGACCUUCCAUGUCGUGAUGUCCAUGGUGGGGCUCUUCCUCAUCGCUCUGGGCACUGGCGGCAUCAAACCUUGUGUAGCUGCCUUUGGUGGAGACCAGUUCGGUGACCAUCAGGAAAAGCAAAGGAGAACUUUCUUCUCUGUAUUCUACCUGUGCAUCAAUGGUGGGAGUCUCCUGUCAACCAUUAUCACUCCAAUCCUGAGAGCUCAGGAAUGUGGCAUCUACAGUCAGCAGAAGUGUUACUCUCUGGCCUUCGGUGUCCCUGCAGCACUAAUGGUGGUUGCACUUGUGGUGUUUAUCAUUGGAAGUGGUAUGUACUACAAAGCUGAGCCACAGGGAAACAUCAUGCUGGAUGUGUGUAAAUGUAUCGGGUUUGCUGUUAAAAACCGCUUCAGGCACAGAAGCAGUCAAUACCCAAAGAGGGCGCACUGGAUGGACUGGGCAGAGGAGAAAUAUAAUAAACUCCUCAUCGCUCAAAUCAAAAUGGUGCUGAAGGUCCUCUUUUUAUACAUCCCACUCCCCAUGUUCUGGACCCUGUUUGACCAAAAGGGCUCUAGAUGGACUCUGCAAGCCACCACCAUGGAUGGAGACUUUGGGGCGCUUGUUAUUCAGCCUGAUCAGAUGCAGACUGUCAACCCCAUCCUGAUCUUGACUCUGGUGCCGAUCAUGGACAGCUUAAUUUACCCUCUGAUCAAAAAAUGUGGCCUGAACUUUACACCUCUGAAAAGAAUGACGGUGGGGAUGAUGAUGGCAGCUAUAGCUUUUGUCUGUGCUGCUUUGGUUCAGCUUCAAAUUGAUACAACACUACCCACCUUCCCCUCAGCCACCCAGAGUCAGUUGAAAUUACUCAACAUGGGCGUAAAUCCAGUGACGGUUAAGCUGCCUGGCGACAGCUCUGUGGAGCUUCCUGCAGCUCAGGCCAGUAAUGACUUCCUCACAUUUGGAGCAGGAAAUAUCACUAUUUCAAUAGGCAACCCUGCAGAGGUGAGACAAAUUGAUUUGGCCAAAGGACAGCGACAAACGCUUCUCAUUCCCUCAAACCUCAAAGAGAAAUGGAUGCUGACUGAUGAUUUGACCAAAAAGCCACAAGAAGGCAGCAAUGCAAUCCGGUUUAUCAAUGGAAUGAAUACAGCAGUGAAUGUGUCAAUACCCUCAGCUGGCUUUACACUACUUGAGCAAUUUGAAUAUUCCAACUACUCCCAGAUAGAAUAUGGAAAGUCCGUCUUCACCAUAAAGAGGGGUGCAGACUCAUGUGAAUACAGCAGGGCCUUUGGAUUUGGAAGUUCAUAUACCUUCUUUAUCCCCAGCACUUUUGCCUUUGGAGCCAAUUGUCAUGAAUCCAUUACUGCGAUAGAAGACAUCAAGCCAAACUCAGUUCACAUGGCUCUCCAGAUCCCUCAGUACUUUUUCAUAACUGCUGGUGAAGUGAUGUUUUCUGUUACUGGUCUGGAGUUCUCCUACUCACAGGCACCCAGUAACAUGAAAGCAGUGCUGCAAGCAGGCUGGUUAUUCACUGUUGCCAUUGGCAAUUUCAUCGUACUGAUUGUGGCAGAACUUGCAAAGAUUCCCAAACAGUGGGCAGAGUACGUCCUGUUCGCCUCCCUCUUGCUUGCAGUGUGUUUCAUCUUCUCCAUCAUGGCGUACUUCUACACCUACAUAGACCCGACAGAGAUUGAGGCCCAGUUCAGGGAGAAGGUUGACAAAGAUGAUGAGGACGAUAAAAACCAGCCAAAGAAGGCAGAGAUUGAGAUGGUCAAGAAAGACCAAAGUUACGAAGAUGACGAUGAUUCUACCCCACAGACCAAAAUGUGA